AUAGCAAAUGAAAAACAAGGAAAACAGGGGACUAAAACGAAACACACACCCUGCCGUUUUCGAAUGGCCACGGCCGUCCUCCGCCGCCCACUCCUCGCAGCGCCCCUUCCCGCCGCCGCCGGCGCUGCCGGACCCUCCCGGUUCCAUAUCCGGAGACGUCGGUCCCAGCAUCCUGUUCUCGCCGUGUCUUCCGACUCCUCCAAGCCCGUAGCCUCCACAUCGUCCUCUUCUGCCGGCGGCGACAACCCCGACGAGGAGCCGCCUGUCCGGCCGCUCCUCCAGGAACUCGCGGACUGCUUAGUUCUUCCGCCCAAGUUCCUCUCUCAGCUCCCCCGUGACCUUCGUCGCGACCUCAAUGAUGCCGCGUUUGAUCUCUCCAAUGGGCCAGUUCUUGAUGAGUGUGGCCAAGAAGUUGGUGAUCUGCUCCUGAACCUGGCAAAAGCAUGGGAGUUGGCUGAUACAUCAACAUCAAAUAACCUUGCCAAGCAGCUGCCAUCAAUGGAGCCCUACUUGACGCGCAGCGCUAAAUCAGCAUUUGGCAAGCGGCUGGUGUCAGCUGGAAGGAGAUUUCAGUCAAUGGGGCAGUAUGGCCAGGGAGGACUCAAGAAGAUUGCUGAAACAAUGAUCAAGAAUGGUAAGCUACUAUCAACACGCCCAGUAGUUCAAUCUGAUGUUCAGGCUAUGAAAGAAAAACGAAAGCUGAAGUUUGGAGAACUCGAGUUCGAACUGACAGCUGAGAAGGCCAAUAUUGGUGCUGCAGUAGGAGCGGUUUUCGGAUUUAUCUCAUGGCAACUAGCACAAGGCGUGCAAGGCAUUCCGGACAGUACGAUGCAGUACGCAAAUGACAAUGCUUUGCAGCUGGCCAAGUCGCUCAAGGUCGCGCUUCUUGUUCUUGGCUACACUUCUACCGGCCUAUCCUUAUUUGCAGCUCUGGGGCUGCUGUUGCUAGCCCAGCAGAUAAACUCCGAGAACAAGUCAGAGUAGCUGGCUUUUUUUUUUUGAAAUUAUGGAUGCCUUUGUAUGCUCGAAUACGGCAAUGUUCAUAACAUUCUGGCACGUGACACUGGACCGUGCAUGUAUCAAUCUAUUCAAUUUUCUGUACACAAAAAGCAAAUUCAGUUAUUGUGAGUUCGAAUA